GCAUUAUUGACAGCACAACUGGUGAGCAGAGAGCAGGUGGUGGCUGUGACUGGGGAUGGUACCAAUGAUGGGCCAGCUCUCAAAAAGGCAGAUGUGGGCUUCGCCAUGGGCAUCGCAGGCACUGAUGUGGCCAAGGAGGCCUCUGACAUCAUACUGACUGAUGACAACUUCACCAGCAUUGUCAAGGCCGUCAUGUGGGGCCGCAAUGUCUACGACAGCAUCUCCAAGUUCCUGCAGUUUCAGCUGACAGUCAACGUGGUGGCUGUGAUCGUGGCCUUCACAGGUGCCUGCAUCACUCAGGACUCUCCUCUCAAAGCUGUGCAGAUGUUAUGGGUGAACUUGAUCAUGGAUACAUUUGCCUCACUUGCCCUGGCGACGGAGCCCCCAACUGAGUCACUGCUGCUGCGGAAGCCAUAUGGCCGAGACAAGCCCCUCAUCUCACGUACCAUGAUGAAGAACAUCCUUGGCCAUGCUGUCUACCAGCUCACUAUCAUCUUUACGUUGCUUUUUGUUGGAGAGCUCUUCUUCGACAUCGACAGUGGAAGGAAUGCACCCCUGCACUCGCCCCCCUCCGAGCACUAUACCAUCAUUUUCAACACCUUUGUCAUGAUGCAGCUUUUCAAUGAGAUCAAUGCUCGCAAGAUCCAUGGUGAGAGGAAUGUCUUUGAUGGUAUCUUCAGCAACCCCAUCUUCUGCACCAUUGUCCUGGGCACCUUUGGAAUUCAGAUUGUCAUCGUCCAGUUUGGUGGGAAGCCCUUCAGCUGUUCACCACUGUCCACAGAACAGUGGCUCUGGUGCCUAUUUGUUGGUGUUGGGGAGCUGGUCUGGGGACAGGUCAUUGCCACCAUCCCCACCAGCCAGCUCAAGUGCCUGAAGGAAGCAGGGCAUGGGCCUGGGAAGGACGAGAUGACUGAUGAGGAGCUGGCCGAGGGGGAGGAGGAAAUCGACCAUGCUGAGCGAGAGCUCCGCAGGGGCCAGAUCCUCUGGUUUCGGGGCCUCAACCGGAUCCAGACACAGAUGGAGGUAGUGAGUACCUUCAAGAGAAGCGGGUCAUUUCAGGGUGCUGUGCGCCGGCGGUCUUCAGUCCUCAGCCAGCUCCAUGACGUAACCAAUCUUUCUACCCCUACUCACGUAACUCUCUCUGCCGCCAAGCCCACCAGCGCUGCUGGCAGUGAGUCUUGACUUCCCUUUUCUCUCAUAAAUGGCA